AUGGCGCUUCAGGCAGGGAACUUGCCCACCGGCUCAAGACACAAGUCGAGCCGAGCAGUUUACGAGCCACGAGUUCUCCGCUCUGCAUCGUCUACCUCAGCUUCGCCUUCCUCGUCUCAGAGAUCGUAUGCGCGCAAGCCCGAGCCGCUCCAGUCGUUGUUGUCUUCCGCCGACCAAGUUUUCCAUCUCCCUGCCGCAGAUGGGUUGAGUCUGGGCGCGGCGCCUGCGGAGACGCGCGCGGCGGAUUCGCAGAGGUCGUCGACUCCUGGAGCCUCGUCGGCGUCGGCGGGUCCCGCCUCUUCAGCUGCGUCCUCCUUUUCUGACUGUUUAUCCGAGCUCUCUCUCUCUUCGAGUCAUGCGGCUUUUUCUUCUCCACAUGCUACCAUGACGCGAGAGGGAAGAGGCCCGGCGCUCCUGGCUCUAGGCGGGCACAGUGCACGGCUCUCGCGCCGCAGCAGCGACAACGAAACAGUGCCGGAUUCCUCCUUCUUCAUGUUUCCUUCUCCCUUCUCAGCCGCAGGCGAGGCAUCCGCCGCAGGCAAGCACCUUCCAAAGUCUCUUCCUUCGUUUCCGCCGCUGCCUUCCUCCUCUCCCUCGGAUUCGCCGUCUACGUGUGCGUUUUCGAGCUCCCCGUCUGCAGGUCGCUCGUGGGCGGGAGGGGAUCGAGAAGCGAAGGGCGAAGGCGAGAGGGAAACAGGGGCAGGAGCUUCCUUGUCGCCGUCUUCUUCGCCGUCGCUGCCCUCUACUCGAACCCAUUCUCCCGACAAGCAGGGGCCGGCGGCGUCAUGCGCGUCGCGUGUGCUUUCGAUUGUGCCAGCGCCGCGUCUGUUUUCGUCCUCUGCCUGCUCGGCUUCGUCUCCUCCUCUCUCGCCUCCAACCGCGUCUCCGGCCGCGCCCUCCCUGCGUGCGUCGCCCGUCGCGGCGCCGCUGCCGGCUGCGGCGCCGUCCUUCUCACCGCUCUUCGGGGUGGCGCCCGCGCCUUCCUCGUCGUCGCUCUCGUCUUCCUUCUCGUCUUCUUCAUUCGCGUCCGCCUCCGCGCCCGCCGUCUGUCUGCCGCGCUCGCGUACGUGCUCGUCGCUGCCCUCUUCGCUCUCGCAGGCGCAUCCCCUGUGGCGCCCGCCGCGCGCCGUCGACAGCCCCGUGGCGUCGACCUCCGCGCCGAUCUCGCCGGCUGUCUCGCGGCGCGUCUCCCCGCAGUCUCCGGCGUUCGCGGCCUUCCCGCCUGCGUCGCCCGGCCUCGUCGCCGCGGAAAAGUCCAGCGACUAUUACCCGCUGUCGCCGGGGAAUGCGGCCUCAGACGUUCUCUCGCCUCCGCCGGAUCUCCUCCUCUCGCCAGUCUGCUCGCCGCUGCCGCCGCUCCUCCCGAAGGAGAGCGAGAAGUCGCUCUUGCCGCCAGCCUCAAGUGCGGCGCCGGCGGCUGCUGCCGCCGCGGCGGCGCCUGGAACCUGGCGCGGGCGCGAGGGAGACUGCAAGCCCCUCACUGGCGACGUGCCGCAAAUCUUCGUGCAUGGCAGGAAGCUUGAGAAGGCGCCGCCCGCCUCGCACGCGCCGUCCUUCUUCUUUCCGCCGCCGCCGUCGCCGUUUGGAGGCAACGCGUCGGUUCUCCGCCUGGGGGCGUGGCUAGCCGAGCGGCCUGGACUGGAGGACGACAAGUUCACUCCGCUGCUUGAAAGCUUUCUGCUCCACUUCGACUUCCUCGCGGCCGCAAAGACCUCCAAGAAGCUGCAGGAUCAGCAGGCGCAGCGCUACCUUCUCCUUGACAAGGAGGAAGAGGAAACGGACGUCUCGUUCUUCCGCCCCCUCGCGAAGCCCGGCGGAGACGCGGAGAAGGGUCCUGACGCGGCAGCCAAAGACCAGCUCGAGGAGUUCGAAACCACACUCUUGGAUAUCCUGGGCCUCCGCGGCGGCAACGGCGUCCACGCCUCCGUAGACAUCCUCGUUGGGCAGCUGCGCGAAAAGCCUCAUCGGCACAAGCCAACAGGCGAGGACGGCGGCGGCGAAAACGGCGGCUCCGCGGCCGGGGGAAUAAAAAUUGGAGAAAAAUUCUUCUUCCCCGACAAAGUCGCCCUCAAGUCGCGGCUGCGGCAGAUCCUGCAGGCCUACGACGAGAAGGAGGAGCUGCGCGGAGACGACUUCGAGCUGGUGAAGGGCGUCUUGGAGUUCCAUCCGAAAGCGAAGCGAAAGAUGCAGAACAUGUCCGGUCUGUUCGUCUCGACACACCCGACCCCGAAGUUCCGCCAGACGCGCUGCUUCUUUAUUCGGCGCCUCAUCCACCCGCCGGCUUCUGCCUCUGCUGCCCCCGCGCCGGCGCUCCCGAGUGAGGGCGCUCCCGCGGGUCAGGUGAACCCAGGGACAGCAGAAGCCGCGACCACAGAGCCUCGUGAGGGUCCCCCGUCGGAGAAAAGAGAAGAAACCGAAGAAGUCGGCAACGGGGACAGAGACAAAUCGGAGGGCGAGGACGCGCAAGAGGCGACAAAGGCAGAAGAGAAGGCGGAGGACGCAAGGACGAAAGACGCGAAGGCGGAAGAAAAAAAGCAGGAGGCGAAGAUGGAAGAAGAGAAGGGGGAGGGGGCGAAGGCGGAAGGGCAAGAAGGCGAACCGAAGGAAGCGAAGACAGACGAGGGAGAAGGCCAGAAGGAAUCGGAGGUGAAAGAAGGGAAAGGGAACCAGACAGAGCUGGAGAAGCCGGACGAGCCGACAGAACAAGUUCAGGAGGAGUGCGAGGACUUCAGCUACGUGCGGUGUGUCGAUAAUAUGCUGGAAGAUGACUCUCGGGCUGAUAGGCUCAUCUGUCAUACUCUCAAGCAGCUCGCCGAAGCUUUUCCAGGAUGCGUGGCGCAUUUGCACGAGGCGCUGCGUCGUAGUUUUCCUCCGCUUCGAUUCUCCGUCGACGUGCUUGUCGCGUACGCGAAAAACCUUCUUUGGAUCUCUCAGCACGUGCCGCAGAUUCGUGCGCUGCUGUGGAAGCUGCUGGUCAGCAAGAUGACAAGCAUCGACGUCGAAAUCAAACUGGCGGAUCCCAACUCGAUUGAUCUCGAGCAAAUGCAAGUUUGGAAGCGCGAACAACUCGCCCUGCUAGCCCGGCAGCUCGAGAAGGGGGCAGUUGCCCCGAGCGUGGUGCAGAGUAUCUUGGGAGAGCCGCAGUGGUUUUCGCUCAUGUACGAGAAAGUGCGGAGCGAGGAGGACAUCGACAUCAUGGCGGCGAAGCUCGACGGGUUAAUGCGCGUGUCCUUCACCUUUCUCCAGUGCUUCAUUCCGCAGCUGUCUGGGAAGCCCGCCGCACCAGGCGCCUACCGCGAGGACGAAGACGACGACGAGGACGAUGAGAGCCGCCGAUCGCCUUCCUCGGCGCCGUGCACAGGCGACUACUCGCCCUGCGUCGACGACGAGCCCAAGGACGAGCCGAAGGAGGGGCAGCGAGGCAGCGGCGGCGGCCUACCGGCCGCAGAGGCCGCCAGACUGCGGGUGGAAAACGAGAAUGCGCUCUCGCCUCUCCCGCCCGACGUCUUCACGCCUCUCUUGUCCGCGGCUCCCUCGCCACUCAUUCGAGCGUCCCUGCAUCCCAUUAGGACAGGGGGUCCGUCCGACGCGCCCGUCGGCCUGUCCCCGGCCCUCCUGCCCGCGCGAGCUCCGGAGACUGGCCGCGGGGCGCGCGCCGGGCUCCGCGGCCGCGGUCGUGGAGCCCAAAACGAGGAGACGAGGCUGCGGGGGAGGACCGAGGGAGGGAGCAAGGCGAAGAAGCCCUUGACCGAAGCAGACGUGUUUGUUUACGAGUUGAUGGAUGUGUUUGUCGAGGUCGUCUUGCCGGUUCACAAGUGCAAAUACGUUCAGUUCCUCAUUUUCUACCUCGCGAAUCUCCGCGUCGAGUGGGCAGGCCGCCUCAUGUCGCUUCUCUUCCGCAUGGUUUUCGACCGGCAACAACACGUGCUGCUGAGACGAAUUUCAGCGGUAUACAUUUCGUCCUUUCUCUGUCGCGCCCUGCUGGUGCCCUCCCGUUUCGUUCGUCUGGCACUCCACCACUUCUUCCAGCUGCUUCAUCGCGGUUUCCUCAUGACGGGGAGCCGGAGUGCUCCUAGACAACAGCAGAGGCUUCUCGAUCUCUUGAGAGCGCAGCACCAAACUGUCUAUAACCCUGAGUCGCCGUUGGCGUUGUUCUACACGAUUUGUCAGAGUUGUUGCUACAUUCUGUGUUACCACCUGGACGCGCUCGCGAACUCUUCGCCUUCGCUUUCGUUUCUGAAAGAGAGAAACACCUCGUUGGAGGCGCUGCUUGUGUCUCCGCUGCGGCCUCUGAUGCACAUCAAGCGCGGGAUCGCGCGCGAGUUCGUCGCGGCGUGCCGGCGCGUGGGCAUGCUGGACUCGAGCCCUGAGUUCGAGAACGCGCUGAAGCAGGUGCAGCUCCGCGACCCUCCAAUCUCGAGUGCGUCGUGUGCGCUGGGCGCUGGAGACAAGGGCGAAGCGAUCGAGGAGGAGAAGGCAGCGCGAGGCGACGAUGUCUCGCGCUACGGCGAAGCGACGUCGAACGACCUGCUGAGCGACGUGCUGUGGCUGUUUGAUCCGCUGGACGCCUUCUUCCCGUUCGACCGGUAUCUGCUCCGGCACUCUGAGAGAUUCAUUUCAAACAAAUACCGAGACUGGAGCGCAGUCGUCGCCUUCGUGAUGCAGCGCGAAGAGGAGAAGAAGAAGCUCGGGGCGGCGGGCGACGGCAAGCGAAAGAGUGAACAAGCCGAGGAAGAAGAGAACGAAGAUCGGGAGGCGCCGCGCGCGCUCGCUCAGGAAGUCACCCAGAGAGGAGAAGGGCUUCGCGAGGAAGGCGAGGGCGGCAGGGACUGCAGGAAGCCUGACGACGGCGCGAGGCGAGUGGACGCCGCGGCGGAGGGCAAGAAAGGAGACGGAAAACGUGAAGAGGGUCUCGACGACGAUGACGACGACAUUCUUGACACCACCGGCGCGCUCUCGCUGACGCUGGAGGACGAAAGCGGCUCAGAGGCGGAGAAAGCGGAAGCGAGAGAACAUGAGCAAGCAAAAGACCAGCAUGAGGAAGAAGGGAGCGGGCGAGCUUCACGGGAACGGCGGCUGUCCGUCGGGUCUGCGGGUGAAGAGAGAAAAAACGAUGCGGCCCUACCGCGAGGAGAAACGGAGGCGAGCCACGCGCCAAUUGUCACGCAGCAGCCUCAGCACAACCUCAAGCCUCGGGAGCACCUGACGAACUCCGAGAUGGACGCGCUGCAGCAGCUCGUCCAGGAUUCGCUUGGUUUCGCCAGCGCUAGCAGAGAACUGGAAGCGAGCGUGCGGCAGCGCCUCGGCGGCCUCGCGGGGGCAACGGCGAAGAAAGACGAGCGUCGCGCAGCGAAUCUUCAGGACAAAAGGUCGCUCCGCCCAGAAGAGGAGGCGGAGGGGGGAGACGCAGACGGCAGGCGACCCUCUGCCUGUUCGGGGGCUGGAGAGCCGCUGCGGGAGCUCGCGGGCCUUGAGCGCCAGCUGCGCGAGAUGAGUGGCUUGGGCCUCGACGAGGGGAGCAGCGAGGCGGCGGCCGAAGAACCGGAAGAAGGCGAGGAGGAAGAAGGCGACGACGAGCGCAGCGUCGGCAGCGAGAGUGAAGAGGGCGACUGGGGGGGCGGCGACACCGGUGAGUGGGCGUCGCUGUCGUCUCUGUUCUCUGAAGACGGACACGAGCUAGAAGAUGACGAGGCCACGGAAGGUGACGAGGAAGAGGGCGCUGUCGAAGCGGACGCAAGAGGGGGGGGGGGGGGGGGUGCUGCCGGCCUCCUCGCGCCUUCCGCCCCGCUCUUCGCCGCUGACCAUUUCGCCCCGAAGCGCCGAGCCAAGCAAGACGGUCCCUCGUCGACUGGUUGCAGAGGAGGGAAAGCGAAGCACGAACUCUCUUUCCUGGCGCCUGGCGUGGCAGCCAGCAUCGCCAAUCAGCUCGAACUCGAAAUCGAUGCGCUAGGGGACGACGCGCUCUCUCAGUCGAAUCUGCGUUUUCUGCGAAACAAGUCUGGUUUGAGUAGGGCCUCGAUGCUGGACAUUUUCUUGUCUUCGCACGCGUACCGACCGGCGCCAGCGUCGCCGGCGCCCACGCCGGCGGCAUCUCCGUUUCUGGGCCCCAGCUGCGCGGCUAUUCCCGUCCGGGAUUUUCCGCGGGAGGCGAAGAGACGCAGGGGCGGCGGCAAGGGCCUGGAGGCGCCUUCCUCGCCGCCGACGCUCUCGGUCUCCGGAGCGCCCACAGAGCCGCCGCCGGCGGACUUUGUCCUCGCGCCGUCGCAGGUGUUCCUUUCCCCUCCGGGGGCGACGCCGGCGACCCGAGGAGACGCAGAGAAGGCGGAGGGCGCCGCGUGGGAGCAGAGGCCCAGCCGCGGCGCGCAGCCAGGGACUCUCGACGACGCACGGGAAUCGCCCCAGCCCCCGGCUGUGGCGCCGCAUGCGGGCGGCAUCGCAGGUCACCGCAGAGUCCGCAACAUCUCGCCCAUGCUCCUGCCCUCUGCUCCGCGGAGCCUUGAAGUGCUCAAAGAGGUCGAGGGCGAAGACGAAGACGACCUGGAGGGCGACAACGAGCGCCAGCAGCGCCAGGACUCCCCCGGCAGCGAGCGGAGGGCGGGGGCGGAGAGGGAGGAGGAGCCCGAAAAGGGGGGAGAGCUGAGAGCGAGGGAGAGGCGGAAAGCGGCAGCAGAGGUUUCGCGAAGAACGAGAAGGAGCGAAGCCGACGACGAACCGCUGGCCUCCUGGAUGGGGCGGCGAACCUGGGGCGGAGCGUGCUCGAGGAGGGUGCUCAAGGAGUGGGCGAGCCGGACUCGACUCCUCCGCCCGCGGAGAUUCGUGUGA